GCUGCUGCCAACAAGGGCACGGACUUCAUUCCGGCCCUGCGCGGGAGCGUGUGACAGUAUCACCCCCCUUGCCUGGGCCCGCCUGGCCGAGCCACGCCGUCCGUGGGCUCCCCGGCCCCCUGCCCACGUCCACAGCCACCGGCGGGAGCCGGACAGUCAAGUCCGCCCCCGGCCCCGUCCGCGGCCUGGCCCCACGGAGCCCGCAGGUGGCCCAGUCCCUGGGGCGGCCUCGGCGCUAGCGCCGCCUCCUCUGCCCGUCCCCGUGAUGGCGGCGCCGGCGGCGGCCUCGCUGGUGCUGGCAGGGGGCGCCGGGCCCGCGCCUCCUCAGUAGCGGCGGGGCUGGAGCCCCCCCCAGCUCGGCGGCUUUGUUCGCUUGCAAGCGGCGGGGUCUGCGCCGGGGCCGCCGCCUCUGCCCGGCGAGCUGCGCCGAGAGCCGGCGGGGGCGCGGCCCUCAGCCGGGAGGGGCGGGCCGGGCCACGCGGCUCCUCCCCCGCAGCUGCUGCCGCUGCCCCGGGUACGGGCCCAGCCGGCCGCCCAGCGCCGUGGCAAGUUUGCGGGAAGCAGCAGCCGAGGGCCACGGAGGCAGCAUGGCUGGCGGGACGAGCUCCGCGCUCUCGGAGUCAGGCUGGUAUCUUUCAGAUGAAGGAAUUGAAGCUUGCACAAAUUCUUCUGACAAAGUCAAUAUAAGUGACGUUAUCCUGAUUGCCCUUAAUACAGAUUUAAGAACUAUUGGCAAGAAAUUCCUCCCCAGUGACAUCAAUGGUGGAAAGGUGGAAAAGCUGGAAGGCCCAUGUGUCCUGCAGAUACAAAAAAUACGCAAUGUUGCUGCACCAAAGGAUAAUGAAGAAUCUCAGGCUGCUCCCAGAAUGCUGCGUUUGCAGAUGACUGAUGGACACACAAGCUGCAUAGCAAUAGAAUAUAAUUACAUGUCAAAAAUAAGCCUGAACACUCCACCUGGAACAAAAAUUAAGCUGUCAGGAAUUGUUGAAGUGAAAAAUGGAUUCCUGCUUUUGGAUGACAGUAACACUGUAGUUCUUGGCGGUGAAGUGGAGCAUCUUAUAGAAAAGUGGGAGUUACAAAGGAGUUUAUCAAAACACAAUAGAAGUAACAUUGGAACAGAAGGUGGACCACCCCCUUUUGUGCCUUUUGGUCAGAAAUGUGUGUCUUCUGUGCAAGUGGACAGCAGGGAACUUGAUCAGAGAAAGACUCUGCAAAUGAUGAGCACUGCUAAGCCUGUUGGAGACAAUGAUGAAUUUGAAAAACAGAGAACAGCUGCUAUUGCAGAAGUAGCAAAGAGCAAGGAGACCAAGACAUUUGGAGGAGGCGGUGGCAGUACUAGAAGCAAUCUUAAUGUGAGUGCUGGAGGGAAUCGAAACAGGGAAGUGUUCCAGAAGGAAAAGAUAACAAAACCGGAGGGAAAAAAUGAAGGUGUCUAUCGUGAACUGGUUGAUGAAAAGGCUCUAAAGCACAUAACAGAAAUGGGUUUCAGUAAAGAAGCAGCAAGGCAGGCGCUUAUGGAUAAUAGCAACAGCCUAGAAGCAGCAUUAAAUUUUCUUCUGAACAGCAGUAAACAGAAACCUAUUCAGGGACCACCACCUAGAGGGAAAGGAAAGGGCAGAGGCCGACUAAGACCCGAAGAUGAAGAGGAACUAGGAAAUGCCAGACCUUCUGCACCCAGCACACUGUUUGACUUCUUAGAGUCCAAAAUGGGUACUCUGACAAUAGAAGAACCAAAAUCACAGUCUCAUCCACAGCAUCAAGUACAACACAGAGUGCUCAAUAUAGAGCAAAAUGGCAUAAAAGAUUACAACCAUCCAAGACAUCUUCCUCGAAAUGAUACUAGACAGCCAAGAAAUGAGAAACCCCCUCGUUUUCAAAGGGACAUUCAGAAUUCAAGACAGGUUUUGGAAGGUAGUGGCUUAUCAAGAAACAGAGGUCCUGAAAAACACAGCUCUUUAGGACCAGAGCAAUGGACUGAGGAUAAAAAUAAGUGUGAUAGACCUUAUCCAAGGAACGAUAGGCUAAAGGAUAUUGGUUAUCCCUCAGCCACUCACCAGAGUGAUGUUUCUUUUAAAAAGAGGGAUAAUGCUAUGCAAAACAGACCUGGAAAAGGGGCUGCAUUCAUGGAAUUGAGAGAGAAUUCCAGUGUUCAAGAUACCAUAGAUGAUAAUAAUCAGAAACGAGGAAAAAAGGAAAACCAAAUACAUAAUCCUGACAAUUUUUAUGACAGGAAAACACGAACAAUAAGUAAUGAAACUUUUAGUUUAAAAAAUGAUCAACAUUUUGGUAUGAAUAGUGACUACCAGAAUCCUAUUAGAACUGAUAGUUUUAAUGCUUUAUCAAAUGGAGAUACUGAAUAUCCACAGAAAGGAAGACGAGUAGGACCUAUUAAAUCACCAGGACCCAAUGUUGCUCCACCAUUUGAAGACAAAAUGUUGUAUUAUAACGCUGGUCCCAAAAGGAGAUCUGGGCCCAUCAAACCAGAAAAAAUAUUGGAACCAUCUAUUCCUGUGGAGUAUGGUAAAAGCUGGAGGCCAAGGGAUGAAUGUUUUGCUCUUUAUUGGGAAGACAACAAGUUUUACCGGGCAGAAAUUGAAGCUCUUCAUUCUUCUGGAACAACUGCAGUUGUUAAAUUCUGUGAUUAUGGAAACUAUGAAGAGGUGCUACUAAGCAACAUCAGGCCCAUUCACGCAGAGGCAUGGCUAACCUUGCCUAGUCUUUCAAUACUGACCUCUUCGAUAAUUGGCCUGGUGAUGAUGGGUGAAUUACAGGAUUUAUAUCCAGAGGAGGAGGAAGAUGCUUAUGAACAAACUCUAGAGUUCCGCAGAGGAGGUGAUGGUCAGCCAAGACGGUCCACACGACCAACCCAACAGUUUUAUCAACCCCCAAGGGCUAGAAACUAAUAGGAAAAAUAAAAGCGAAUUUCUUGCGGAGGAGAAGUCAUCAACAGCCUCCCAGUGCUCAAGACUUCUAGAAGAACUUCUGACUUUUCCUGAGCAACAGGAUACAAGAAAGACGGCUGGUGUGAUCAGGAGGAAUCCGGAGCUGAUCAGCACGCGAGAUUUUUUUAAAGUUCUUAGUUGUAUGAAGCAAAAUACUUUUUACAUAUGAAAAAAGCAAAUUGUUAUUGCUCCCAUCAAUAAACCCAUGGUGCACUGUU